CGCCGUUCCCUCUGCCUCUCAAGCCAGGGCAAGUGGGCGGGAAUGAGUUAAACGCCUUUUUGCCUGCGUUGUUGAAAUGUGAGAGUCCCUUGAAGGCUUUCCCUCUCCAAAUCUGAGCGCUGCGCCCGGGCGGAAAGGAGGCUGGACUAACUGUGGAGAGGCGGAGGAGGAGGAGGGCGGAGUGCCCGCUUGUUGCCCCAGCGGGUGGGUAAGGAGACGGAUUUUAAAAAAGGAAGGGGGGCUCCAGGCCGAGAUUGGAACCGGGGCUAGUCCUCUUUCUCUCAGCCAUGAUUUGUGGCAAAUGGAAGAAGUCCCGCUCCGAAAGCCACCGCCGGAGCCGGCACCACCACCAGCAACAACAAGAGCAACCGCUUUCAGCCCAGACCUACGGAGGAGUUGCCAAACUCUCGGGGCACCGCGCCUUUAAAAAACUGGGACUGACAGAUGAUGAAGAUAUCAAGGUAAUGCUGAGGGGGUCCUACUUCUGGAAAGUGAAGUCCCACCGGCCACAGAAGCAAAGGCUGUACCGGCUUCAGGAAGAUGGGAUGACAAUCUGGUUUGAGACCCGUUUUAAAAAGGCUUACUCCAAACAUCUCUUUUCUAUCCUGCACAUUGAAAGUGUGCGUGAAGGCUACCAAUCUGAGGGGCUUCGGAAGUACGGGAGCUGUUUCCCUGAGGAGCAGUGCUUCACACUUGUCUUCAGGGGCAAGAGGAAGAACUUAGACCUGGCUGCCCUGAGUGUGGCUGAAGCUCAGCGGUGGGUGAGAGGGCUAAAAAAACUGAUGGCCAGAGCUGAAGCCAUGAGCCAGCGAGAAAAGCUUGAACACUGGAUCCAUGACAUUCUACAUCAGGCUGACAAGAAUAAAGACAAUAAGAUGAGUUUCAAAGAAAUAAAAAAUAUGUUGCGCAUGAUCAACAUUGACAUGAAUGACCUCUAUGCCUACAAGCUUUUCAAGGAGUGUGACAAAUCAAACAAUGACCGCUUGGAGGAAUCUGAGAUUGAAGAGUUCUGCACACAGCUCAUGGCACGGCCUGAGCUAGAGGAAAUCUUCCACCAUUAUUCAGGCGAGGACUGUGUACUGUCGGUUGAGGAACUGCAGGAAUUCCUUCGUGAUCAAGGCGAAGAAGCAAGCUUGCAGCAGGCUGGUGAUAUCAUCCAGAUAUAUGAGCUGAAUGAGAAAGCCAGGCAGCACAACCUCAUGAUGUUGGAUGGCUUCAUGAUGUUUUUACUGUCCUCAGCCGGAAAUAUCCUCAACCAAGCCCACACCAAGAUUUACCAGGAUAUGAGCCAGCCGCUAUGCCAUUACUUCAUCUCCUCUUCUCACAACACUUACCUGACUGACAAUCAGAUUGGGGGAGCCAGUAGCACGGAGGCUUACAUCCGAGCAUUGAUGAAAGGAUGUCGCUGUGUGGAGCUUGACUGCUGGGAGGGGUCCAAUGGAGAACCCAUCAUCUACCAUGGCCACACCCUCACCUCCAAGAUCCUCUUUCGGGAUGUAAUUCAAAGCAUCCGGGAUUAUGCAUUUAAGGACUCACCUUACCCCUUGAUUCUCUCACUGGAAAACCACUGUGGUCUGGAACAGCAAUCCACAAUGGCCCGCCACAUGAAGGAUAUUUUAGGAGAUAUGCUCUUGACGGAACCUUUGGAUGGAAACACGCCCAAACAGCUCCCAUCACCAGAGCAGUUAAAGUGGAAGAUAUUGGUGAAGGGGAAGAAACUACUUGAGGACAAGAGUGACCCUGAAAGAAUAAACUUCAUCUUCAAUCCUGAAGAGGAAAUGCAGGAAGAUGACGAUGACAGGUCAAUAUCUUCCCUCCAAGAGAUCAAACCAUUGCAGGCAAAGGAUGCUGUACAGAUUUCACGUGAGCUGUCUGAUGUGGUUGUUUAUUGUCGGGCCGUCCCGUUCCAUAGCUUUCCUCGGGCUCUGCACCACCAGAAACCUACCGAGAUGUCAUCUUUCAGUGAACGGAAAGCCAGGAAGUUGAUCAAAGAAUCAGGAAACAGCUUUGUCCGAUACAACGUUCAGCACCUGAGCCGCAUCUACCCACUAGGUCUCAAGAUGAACUCCUCCAACUAUAAUCCUCAGGAAAUGUGGAAUGCUGGCUGCCAGCUUGUGGCUCUUAAUUUCCAAACCCCAGGGGUAGAGAUGGAUUUGAAUGAUGGACGUUUUUCGGUGAAUGGCCGCUGUGGCUACGUGCUCAAACCUUCAUUCCUGAGAAACAGCCAGAGCACUUUUGAUCCUGAAGCCCCAAGUCGGAGGACUGGCCAACGGCCAAUUGCCCUCACCAUCAAGGUGAUCACAGCUCAGCAGCUGCCAAAACUAAAUAAAGAAAAGAAGUCCUCUAUUGUGGAUCCUUUUGUGCGUGUGGAGAUCCAUGGAGUUCCUGUAGACUGCUGCAAGAAACAAACUGAAUACCGGUUAAACAAUGGAUUCAAUCCAUGCUGGAAUGAGACAUUGACCUUCCAGGUACGUGUUCCAGAGCUGGCACUGGUGCGCUUGGUAGUGGAGGAUUAUGACACAACUUCCAGCAAUGAUUUUGUGGGACAGUUCACCCUGCCGUUGCUCAGUGUAAAGGAAGGCUACCGUCAUAUCCAUCUGCUCUCCAGGGACGGUGCGUCUUUAUCCCCAGCCACCCUUUUUGUGCAUGUCAAAUGCAAGAAGAUGUGAAAGGGGGCUAAAAAGAAUCCAAGCCUGACUAGCCCACAGCAGAAGAAUGGAUGAGGCCCUUCAUUCAUUCUGGUACUGUUAGUAGUUCCUCCAGGCAGAUGUGUGCACCUGGGCCACAUGGAGGAAAUGGGUGCAACCCAGCCUCAGAGGCUGGACUGGAACAGGGGCAUGAAGCCAACCCUUGCUUGAAGGUUCCCACUCACAUUAGGAUCAGAAAACUGAAGAAUGAAUGUGCUAUUGAGGAUAAGAAGCCAUGCCACAUAGUGACUCAUAGAAUGCCUCUUCUGGAUAGGAAUCUAGAUCCUGGAGGAGGUCCCAACUCAUCAUAAACCCUGUGGUAUUCUAAGAAGAGAUUUUUCUUUAAGUUUCUGACAGUCGCACAGCUUGUAAUUGAGCAGCAGCUAAGCAAAGGAUUAUUCAGCAGUCUUGCUUACUCUUUGGAUAUGUCCAUAAAAUGGGAACAGGACUUCUAAGAAGGGACAAUGGGAAAGAACAGAGGAUGUGAGUCUGGUGGGCAAAUGCAUUGUGAGCCUUCUAGUACAGCAGUCUGCACACCAGACAGUGCAAGACAUGGACUGAACUGAGGAGCCUGAGCUAGUCUGCUCGUGAGAAAGUAGGCUUGGAAUCUGACUGAAAUAUCAUGUACUUUCAUAGGAUGCCAGGUUCUAAUGUGCACCAUUAGAAAAUAGAAGUGUUAAUCCUCUCACCCGGCACACAGUUUAAAUCAAAUCAGAGAUUGCUGCCCUGGCAAUCAGCUAGAAAAUGUAAACUAGAAAUGCAGAGAGCUAAAUCGUAAGCCAAGAAAGCCAUGCAUUGAAUGGGAAAAUCCUGCAUCAUCCCAUAUUGGCUGCAGAAUUAGGUUCUACAGCAGUUUGGGGGUGGGGUGGGGGAGAGUAAUGCUUUGUAGUACCUGUCCCAGAAGAGCAAGCCAAAACGAGUAUUAACCAACCAAUAGCUACUUGAAAUAUAUGUUCUGAGGAUUGUUUGUUGGGGGAGUAUCACAACUAUUUCAGAAUGAUUGAUGUGUUAUUGAUACAAAAGAAAAUAGAAUGCUCAAAGAAUUCACAUAUAUUCCUUACUCAUGUUCACACUCCUUUGCUAACCAUAUCUUUGUUUUUUUAAUGCCAGAUGUACUUGUGGGAGAUCCUUAGAGAAUCUCUUUAAAUGUUGGCUAUAAAAUGUGACAGUUCAUCAGGAUAAAAUGGCACUGACUUCCAUGUAGCUUUUCCCUGGAUUAACUUUGUGUGACACAUGAUAGGCUUAAUGCACAUACUCUUUCUGAUUGUUUAAAAAUGCAAUUUGAAAAGCAGUACUUAGUGGCUGCUUUACCAGAUCUGGCCUAUGGCUAGCUUUACAGUCAUCACCUUCUGUGGUUCUAGUGUCCUACAGCAUGCUUCUGUGUCUACACAGAAAUCAGUCUCAUUGAGUUCACUGGAGUUUACUAUCAUGUGUGUGGUUAUAAGUGUGCGGCCUUCAUGCAGCUUUUGGGCUGUAGCCAGUUAUCAUGGGUAGCUUCAAGUGGUGGUAACCCCAAGACCCUGUAUGGCUCUACCCUAGCAUAGGCUGCUUUAAAGCUACAUAAAAGAAGUAUGACGGUAUAAUGAAAAACCUCAGCAAUUCGUCUGCUGUUGCCUGAUUUCAGUAACAUAGCCUGUGAAAUAGAGAACCUGUUUUUGUUUUUGUUUUUACAAGUUAGUCAAACCAUUGUUGUUAAAUCAAUCUGGAUGGUGGUAGAGUCUGAACAAGCAAGUUCUUAAGAUUUGAAUGAUCGACUUUGUUUUUGUCACAAGAGAAUGCAACAUCCAGAUUCUUCAUAGCCCCUCAAUAUUAGCAGAGCAUCCUUUUGAAGUAUGCACAGA